UGACAGCCAGUGUGCUGUCAUUUUUGCUGCCCAGUGACGAUGGCUUUGACCCGGUUCGAGCGGUUUUUGGGUCGCCUGCUUCGAGCUGUGGUGUGGAUUUUAUUCGCCGCUUUUAAGUUAUUUGCACCUCAGCAGCGACAUGGAGUUUCGAGUCUCCCACCCAUCACUAACCCACUUCUGCUGCUCUCAGCGAUGCAGCUUGCCCGAAAGAUUCGCCGGAAGGAAGUUACGAGUGUGGAAGUGGUCCAGGCCUACAUUGACCGUAUUCAGGAGGUCAACCCACUUAUCAAUGCCAUGGUGAAGGACAGGUUUUCUGCAGCACUCCAGGAGGCUGCUCAGGUGGACAAGCUAAUAGAAGAGGAGAGUGGAGGAGAGGACGUGUUGGAGGACAGACUACCUCUGCUUGGAGUACCCAUCACUGUUAAAGAGGCCUUUGCCCUGCAAGGCAUGCCUAACUCGACAGGGCUACUGACCCGGCGAGAUCUGGUUUCAGGGGCAGAUGCCCCAUCUGUUGCACUGUUGAAGAGAGCAGGAGCGAUUCCUCUGGGCGUGACGAACUGCAGUGAGCUCUGUAUGUGGCUCGAGUCUCACAACCACCUCUAUGGCAUCACUAACAACCCCUAUGACUUGGAAAGAAUUGUAGGCGGAAGCUCAGGAGGUGAAGGCAGUAUAUUGGGUGCUGGUUCCUCCGUGAUUGGAAUUGGAUCAGAUAUUGGUGGUAGCAUCCGUAUCCCCUGCUUUUUCAAUGGCAUCUUUGGACACAAGCCAUCAGUUGGUAUUGUCAAUAAUGAGGGUCAGUAUCCUCCCGCCUCUGGACAGCAGAUGGGAUUUCUGUGUACAGGACCAAUGUGCCGUUAUGCAGAAGACCUGAUUCCUAUGCUAAGCAUCAUGGGAGGACUCAAUGCUGAGAAAUUGUCUCUUUCUGCUGAAGUGGAUUUGAAAAAGUUGAGGUUCUUCUCCGUUCCUCACAAUGGAGGCUCUCAUUUGGUCUCACCAGUGGAGCCACAGCUGCUGCACGCACAGAAGAUGGUGGUCAAACGUUUAGAGGCAGAUCUUGGGGUCAAAGUUCAAGAGCUGUUGAUCCCUCAGCUCAAAUACUCCUUUCAGAUCUGGGGAACCAUGAUGGCUUCGCCUGGCAAGGAUGGAAAGCCUCCUACCACAUUCGCAGAGCUCAUGAGUGAAGGUGGGAAGAAGGUUUGGCCAGCCUGGGAGCUCUUCAAAUGGUUUCUGGGAUUUUCUUCACACACACUUGCAGCGAUAGGUCUGGCUUUAGUUGAGCUUUUCCAGAGUUCCCAUCCGUCUCCAUUCAUUAUGCAGCAGAAGGAGAGUCUGCAGCAGGAGCUGGAGGAGCUACUGGGCACAGAUGGAGUGCUGCUGUACCCCUGUCAUCCCCAGAUCGCCCCCAAACACCAUCACCCCAUUUUCACCCCCUUCAACUUCUCUUACACUGGGAUCUUCAAUAUUCUGGGUCUGCCAGUGACCCAGUGUCCAUUAGGGCUGAGUGCAGAGGGUUUGCCCAUGGGUGUACAGAUUGUGACAGGUAAAUUACAGGACCGUCUCUCAUUGGCUACUGCCCUCUACCUGGAGAAAGCUUUUGGUGGCUGGAGGGAACCAGGAAAGACAACAAUAAAGCCUUAAGUCACUUCACACAUUUGCAACAACAAGACCAUAUAACCAACAUCACACAUACUGUACAUACACAGUACAUAUACAGUAUGUGGAACUAUCCAAAGCUUCGUUAUAUUUAUUCUGCCUUACAGAAUGCAUUUUAAAUGAAAUGACAUGUGUAAGUAUGUCUAGACAUAUUUAGUUAUACUUAGUUCAUAUUUCGUUCAUAUCGUUCAUAAGAAAGCUUAAUUUAUAAGAAAAAAGAGAGAUUUACAUGAGACACUUUACCACUACAGUAUAGGAGAAUUACUGUAUUUCAUUUCAUUUCGUGUUUUUUCAUUUACUUUCAUGCACUAAAACAAUGAUGCUUGAACAUGCAUUUGAGCUGCUGAUUUCUCGUAGCGGGCUCUUCAAGAGCAGGCUCUUAUUUGAGACAAAUCUGUUUAAUGUUUAGAAAAUAUUUUGCCAUGAACAGGUUUCAGAAGUAAGUUUAUUUAGAAGUUGUUGACGUUAAACAAUCAUAUUUAAAGGUAUAUUUUAUAGCGAGGGCAUUUUAAAUGAUGGGGGAAUUGGUGGACCUUUGUUUUCUUGGCUUUUAUUACUUAUAUUUUGUUGUUGGUUUCUCUGAAAACCCAAUAUUUUGUAAUGUGCUGAUGUAAUUAAUAAGAUGCCUAAGCAGUGACAUUAAAUAAAAAGAACUGUUUUGAUGUGA